AUGUUGGAAGGGGAAACAAUUUUAUUGGUUUUUUCAUGUUCAAUGUUUAUUGGAAGCUACGUGGCAGGUCUGAUACCCCUUGCAUUCACUUUAAAUGAAAACAAAGUAAAACUUCUUUCAAUAUUUGGAGCAGGUUUAUUAAUAGGAACAGCUUUAAGCGUUAUUAUACCUGAAGGAAUUGUAGCUUUAUACUCAUUUCCAGAAGAACAUGCUAAUAUAUAUGUAAAUACAUUAAACGAUACAAAAUUAUUAAAAAAAGAAAAAAAUAUUAAUGAUAUUAAUAUGCAUGCAGUAAAAAAACGUGAAAUAUUUCACCAGGAAAUUUCAUUAAAUGAAGAUAGAAAUUAUGAAAAAAAAAUUUCUCAUAGACAUAAAAAUUCUCAUUCACAAGAAAUUGGUUUAUCAUUAAUUAUUGGUUUUAUAUUUAUGCUUGUAGUUGAUCAUAUAACUCAUUUUGCUUCAACUGUUAAUUCAUCAUUAUCAAGAAAUAAGAUUACAGCAACUGUUGGUUUAGUUGUCCAUGCUGCAGCUGAUGGUAUUGCAUUAGGAUCUGCAGCUGCAUCACCAAAAAAUGACAUUCAAUUUAUAAUUUUUUUUGCAAUUAUGUUACAUAAAGCUCCAGCAGCUUUUGGUUUAGUAUCAUUUCUAAUGUUAGAAGGUUUAGAAAAAUUUCGAAUCAAAAAACAUUUAAUGAUAUUUUCAUUAGCAGCACCUAUAACUGCUGUAAUAACAUAUCAAAUAUUAUUAUUUGUUAGUUCCGAAAGUUUAAAUUAUUCCUCUACAACAGGAAUUUUAAUGUUAUUUUCUGCGGGUACUUUUCUGUAUGUUGCUACAGUCCAUGUUUUACCAGAAUUACAAGCUAAUAAAAAGGGGACUGGUGAACUUAUUGUGGUUUCAUCAAUGACACCAGGUCAUAGUCAUUCUUCAAACUCACCACAAUUUUCUACAAAAGAACUUAUUUUAUUAAUUAUUGGAGCAAUUUUUCCAUCAUUUUUGAAUUCAGGACAUUCACAUUAA